UAUGAGAGGACGAAGAAAGGCCAACAAAUCUUUAGACAGAUAGUCCGCAACUUUACUGAAGUUUAAAUCAGUUCCUUGGAUUAAGGCACCGCUUAUUUCACAUGGCAAACAUGCAUACCAGACUGGGAUGGAAGAAGCAUGCAGACGUAAACCCUCACAUGUCUUUGGAGGAGGGGGAGUGUGAGCCUUGAAAGGGUUGCUGGGAUUGUGAAGAGUUUGUGUGAGAGAAAACACAAAGUUCACUAUGAGGCCGAAGACGUUCCCUGCCACUCCAUAUGUGGGCAACACACGCCAGCGCCUGCAGGACAUCAAGGAGGGUCUGAAACAGCCAGCGAAGCUGGUGAGUCAGGCGCUUCAUGGAGGCAGCUCUCGAGGAGAGGGUGGUCGAGGUGGAGACUCAAAGGGCAAAGACCAGGCUGCCAGACAACAGCAGCUCCGGCCGCCCCAGAAGUUUAACAACUACCAGAGUGCCCUCCGAGAGAUCCGCAAGUCUCUGAGGCCCUAUGCCAAUGAUUCAGGUCCAGGAUCCAGCUCCGGGCAUCCCGGUGAGGUCAGCAGACAGAUGCUACAGGAUCUGGUCAAUGCCGGUUGCGAUCAGGAAAUGGCAGUGCGUGCCCUGAAACAGACUGGUAGCCGUAACAUCGAGGCAGCAUUGGAAUACAUUAGCAAAAUGAGUUACCUUGAUCCUCACACUGAACAGAUUGUACGUGUCAUCAAACAGACUUCCCCAGGAAAAAGUGGCAUGCCAAAUUUGAUGGACCACAGGACAGCAAUGGAAGGCAGUGGGGAUGGUGCACUUCCCCCUUAUCAUCAAAUGGGAGCACCAUUGUAUGAGGGAGCUAGUUAUGGGGCUGAGGGUGAGAUGGCUCGGGCAUACAUGGGUGGACCACCUGUCAUGAACUACAUGCCACCGCCUGCCAACCCUUCACAGGGUGCUACCAUGGGAAACCCGAUGGGACGCCCUGCAAGUAUGGGUGCUUACUCCACAAACAUGGCUCCUCAAAAUAAUACUGGGAAUCCAAUGUACACCCCUGGUCCAGCCCAGCAAAAAGGAUACCCUAGUGGGAUUGACCAGGCCAUGAUGGGGUACAGUGUGUCUGGACCACCCAUGCAAAUCCAGUCUCAGCCCUCAGGAGGGCCUGGAGCACAUUAUGACUACAGGUCGCAUAUGAUGGAGAAUUCCAGCUACGGGGUCAAAAGAAGUGCUUCCUUUCAGAAUAAGAUGCCCCAACUAACUCCAGAAAAUUAUGUCAAUAUGCCAAGAAAAGCAGCAAUGGGCCAAAAUGCUGGUGGCUAUGCUCCCAACUUAUAUCUGCCACCACAUUCACAUCCACGCCAAGCUAGCCCCACCUCACACCAGGUUCACAUGAUGCAGCGCCCCCCAGGUGUUGCCCCUGGAGCUAUGGGUGGGGAGUUCUCUGAUGUUCCUCAAGGCCUUCUCACCCCUUCCAGGGCCAGUUUAAAUCUUGACCUGUAUGAGCAUCACUGGCCAGGAGCUCAAGGUCCUGAGGGGACUCCUCCAGCCAGGCAGCCACAAGGGCCCUUCAGAGGGGAGGUACGCGUCCCCAGUCGGACCAAUUCUUUCAACAACCACCAAAAGGUGACUGUGAGGCAGACAUUGCCCCCAACAGCUAGUGUUGCUGGGAAGCCAGAGUCAUCUUUAGGCCCACCUAACACAAUAACUGCAGUGACCUCUCCACCAAUUCAGCCACCUGUUAAGAGUAUACGGGUCAUGAGGCCUGAGCCGAAGACAGCAGUGGGACCAUGCCAUCCAGGGUGGCUGAGUGCACAAUCCCCGGAAGCACAGGAUUCUCUUGGAUACAUCCCAGAUGAGAAUUUUACCCUGGAACCCAGUCAAGAACAUCGAUGCCCACCUCCACCUUACCCCAAAACACUGCUUGUGUCUGGAUCUGGACCUGAGCCUGCAUCCUUAGAGCCUGUAGCCAUGAGUGGACUUCAAGAUGUCAGUGCCACAGGUAGGACCAUCCAGAGUUCCUCGGUAGGAAAGCAGGAGGAACCCAUCUUCAAAGACAAAGUGAAAAUGGGCAAAGGAGAAAAGGCUGUGAAGGAUAAGAAGCAGAUCCAGACAUCACCUGUGCCUGUACGAAAAAAUGCCCGUGAUGAAGAGAAGAGGGAGUCUCGUAUUAAGAGUUAUUCUCCAUUUGCCUUUAAGUUCUACAUGGAGCAACAUGUGGAGAAUGUGAUGAAGACAUACCAGCAGAAACUUAAUCGCAGAAUGCAGCUGGAGCAAGAGAUGUCCAAGGCUGGCCUUUCAGAGGCUGAGCAGGAACAGAUGAGAAAGAUGCUUUACCAGAAGGAAUCCAAUUACAAUCGACUACGACGUGCCAAGAUGGACAAAUCAAUGUUUGUCAAAAUCAAGACACUCGGCAUUGGGGCCUUUGGUGAGGUGUGUCUAACCCGAAAAGUAGACACAGGAGCCUUGUAUGCAAUGAAGACUUUGCGAAAGAAAGACGUUCUUAACCGAAAUCAAGUAGCCCAUGUUAAAGCUGAACGGGACAUUUUAGCAGAGGCUGACAAUGAGUGGGUAGUCAGGUUGUACUAUUCAUUUCAAGACCGAGACAAUCUGUAUUUUGUCAUGGAUUACAUUCCUGGAGGAGAUAUGAUGAGCUUGCUGAUCCGUAUGGGAGUUUUUCCAGAGGUCCUAGCCAGGUUUUAUGUGGCAGAACUGACACUGGCAAUUGAGAGUGUGCAUAAGAUGGGUUUCAUCCACAGAGAUAUCAAGCCAGACAACAUCCUCAUUGACCUGGAUGGACACAUCAAACUGACUGAUUUUGGUCUAUGUACAGGGUUCCGAUGGACUCACAACUCAAAGUAUUACCAAAAAGGGAACCAUAUCCGACAGGAUAGCAUGGAGCCAAGUGACUUUUGGGAUGAUGUGUCUAAUUGCCGUUGUGGUGACCGGCUGAUGACUUUGGAACAGAGAGCAACUCGACAACACCAGCGCUGCCUGGCGCAUUCUUUGGUGGGCACCCCUAACUACAUUGCCCCUGAGGUGCUUUUGCGCAAAGGAUACACACAGCUUUGCGACUGGUGGAGUGUGGGAGUGAUCCUGUUUGAGAUGCUGGUUGGCCAACCACCCUUUCUUGCUCCAACCCCAACAGAGACACAGCUUAAGGUGAUAAACUGGGAGAACACUUUGCAAGUGCCACCACAAGUAAAACUAAGCCCAGAGGCAGUCGAUAUUAUUGGCCAGCUUUGCUGCUCUGCUGAAGAGCGUCUAGGAGGCAAUGGGGCUGGAGAAAUAAAGGCUCAUCCUUUUUUUUCCGAGGUGGAUUUCUCCAGCAAUCUUCGGACACAACCUGCACCAUAUCGACCAAAAAUUGCCCACCCCAUGGAUACAUCCAACUUUGAUCCUGUUGAAGAGGAGGGAGGCCCAGGCGCCUGGAGUGAUAGUGGGGAUAGCACCCGCACUUGGGACACCCUCUGUUCUCCUCACGGCAAACACCCUGAACAUGCCUUCUAUGAGUUUACUUUCCGAAGAUUUUUUGAUGAUAAUGGUUGUCCAUUCCGUUAUCCCAAACCCCUAGAGGCGACACAAAGCCUGUCCAGCAGUGACGGGGCCGGCAGCCUGAAGCCUGAGCUGGAGGAGGAAGAGGCCCAUGAAGAGGAAGAGCAAGGGGAAGGGUGUGAGCCGGUUUAUGUGUGA